AUGCCAGAUUCUUCGGUUGGCCAGGUUAUCUCAUGGUACAUUUGCACCAUCAUACCAUGCUUUUUCCUGUUUCUGCGCUUGUUUAGCAAAUGGCAGCGCUUCGGUCGGCUGACCCUGGAUGACUACUUCCUUAUCCUCGCGGCAGCAUGCCUGAUCGGUGACUGUGCGAUACAGCAGCAUAUGUGGAAUCUAGGCAUGGCAGACAUGGCGAACGCAAGCCAAGAAGACUUCAUCGGCAUCAUGAAGAUGAUUGUCCCUGGUUCAGUCCUUUACAUUUGUUCCCUUUGGUCCAUCAAAGUCGCCCUCGUCAUCUUUUACAAGAAACUCGCCGCGCCGGGCUCAAGGAUGCAGAUUGCAUACAACGUUGCGCUGGGCGGCCUGGCCGUCACAUUCCUCACGAUUUUCUUCGAUAAUAUCUUCCAAUGCUAUCCAUACGACAAAAGAUGGUCCCACGAUCCGAACUACCAAUGCAGUGCAAAGGCUUCAAGGAUCAAUUACUGGAUCACCAUCUUUUUCAACAUUUUUUCUGACGUUACCAUCAUUUGUCUUCCCAUCACUAUGGUCAUGAAGCUUCAAAUGAAGCUCAAGCAAAGAUUAGCCGUUGCUUUCAUCUUCGCUCUGGGUGGCUUUGUCUUGAUCGCCAGCAUUGUCCGAGCCGUAUACUCCUGGCAAAACGAGACGAUGUUGACUUGUACCGUAUCCAUGGUCGAAAAUGGCGUCGCGAUCAUCGGCGCCUGUCUACCAGCUCUUCGCGCCGUCUUCCUGAGCCAACCUUCUACGAAAGGCAACAGCAGCUACGCAAAGCACUACGAACUUUCGUCGAACCAACGAAAGAACACCCAGGGCCGAAGCACAAAUUUCACAUCUUCUGUAAGCAGAGGAGGCAGAAGUCACUCUGUCGACUCGGACGAAGAGCUCGUGAGAAACAUGCAAGCGCAUGGUCAGGCACAACCAUACGUUUCUGCGCAAUCAAGUCUAUCGGACGACAAGACAGAUGGCAUCAUGGUUGCUACAACGGUUGAUAUCGACCAUAAGGAUCAGGAGAGCGUGAACUCAGUUCACGACCCCUUUGCAGCUAGUCGCGUCUAG